UGCCGGCUCGGUGCAAACGGGGGAAAUCUCUCAUGCCUCCUCGCUCAUGAGGACUCCGGUACACCGCAGAGGACGCACGGAGCAGGACCGAACGGGAGCACCGCCGGGGCUCUGGAGGCUGGAGGUGCUGCUGGAUGAGAGUCUGACUAGGCAUUUUCUCCCCGGUGACAGAGACAAUCUCGGCGGCGCAUCUUCCCACGUCCUCCUCCCCUCCCCUCCCUUCUCCUCCUCUCCUCCUCCGCUGCCCUCCAAGGCUGCAGCCCACCGACCAUGGCCCUGGUGACUCUGCAGCGCUCGCCCACCCCCAGUGCAGCAUCUUCGGCCAGCACGACGAACAGCAGUGCGGGGGAGGAUUUUGGAAGUGAUGAUGAGCGGAAAAAUAAUCAGAGCCUCAGUGAGAGCUUCUUCAUGGUCAAAGGAGCCGCCCUCUUUCUGCAGCAGGGCGGCAGCGCACAAGGACCAAAGACCCCGACCCACCACAAACAUGCAGGUGAUUUACCUCAACACCUGCAGGUCAUGUUUAAGAUCCUCCGGUCUGAAGAUCGCAUUAAGCUGGCGGUACGGUUAGAGAGCGGAAGGUCAGACCGGGUGCGCUACAUGGUCGUCAUCUACACCAACGGCCAUCAGGAUACAGAGGAAAACAUCGUGGUGGGGAUGGACUUCACAGACAAGGACAGUAAAAAUUGCUCCAUUGGGAUGGUGCUGCCGCUGUGGAGUGAUUCCAACAUACAUUUAGAUGGAGAUGGAGGCUUCAGCGUGAACACGGCAGGGCGGUCACAUGUCUUCAAGCCUGUCUCUGUGCAGGCCAUGUGGUCUGCCCUGCAGGUCCUCCACAAGGCAUGCGAGGUGUCACGCCGGCUCAACUACUUCCAAGGGGGCAUUGCUCUCACGUGGAUGGCCUUCUAUGAGAGCUGCAUCACCUCGGAGCAAAGCUGCAUCAAUGAGUGGAACACUAUGACCGACCUGGAGACCACCCGGCCCGACUCACCCACCAUGUUCGUCGACCGGCCGACUGAGCGGGAGAGAACAGAGUGUCUGAUCAAAGCCAAGCUACGCAGCAUCAUGACGUUUCAAGACCUGGAGAACAUCACCUCGAAGGAGAUCCGUAACGAGCUGGAGCAGCAUAUGAGCUGUAACCUCUCAGAGUACAAAGAGUUCAUAGACAACGAGAUGCUUCUGAUCCUGGGUCAGAUGGACAAACCCACACUCAUCUUUGACCAUGUGUACUUGGGCUCUGAGUGGAACGCUUCCAACCUGGAAGAACUACGUGUCUGCGGAGUGGGUUACAUCCUGAAUGUUACCAGAGAGAUUGACAACUUCUUCCCGGGAAUGUUUUCUUAUCACAACAUCCGCGUAUACGAUGAGGAUGCUACCGACCUGCUCGCCCACUGGAACGACACCUACAACUUCAUCGUCAAAGCCAAGAAGAACAACUCCAAUUGCCUGGUGCACUGUAAGAUGGGGGUGAGCCGGUCUGCCUCUACAGUUAUCGCCUAUGCAAUGAAGGAGUACGGCUGGUCUCUGGAGAAAGCCUACAACUUUGUAAAGCAGAAGCGGAGUAUAGCUCAGCCAAACGCUGGAUUCAUGAGACAGCUGGCAGAGUACGAGGGAAUCCUGGACGCAAGUAAACAUCGUCACAACAAGCUCUGGAGGCCUGAAACCGAUAAGGAGGGAUCAGAUGAUUUGCAAGCCUCUGGGGGGGAGACACCAGUGCUCAGAGGGGAAGAAGCCAUGGGAGGCUGCAGGGCCUCUCCGUGCCGGGCUGUGGGUCUGGAGAUGGAGCCGCUUGACUCUCUUAACUAUAACUAUUACUUCAGACGUUUGUCAGACUCUGCACUAGACAGUGAGCCCUCCACUCCAGUGCGGGGCCCCCCUCUGCUAGGUAUGGAAAGAGUUUUCAUUGAGAUCGAAGACGUGGAGAGGGAUGCCCUACUGGAGGACGAGGGUUUCCCCAUGGCCCAUUUAGCCCUACCUGGCGCCGGCACGGCAGCUCAGACGUGUGGACGCCUCGACCCCCUGGAGGACAUGAGGCUGAGGCUCGAGAUCAGCACUCUGGAGGAGGAGGACGAAGAAGAGGCCAAGAAAGAGGAAGCUGAGAUGGCGGCCCUGGCUCAGACGCCUGGGGGGAGGGCGGGGGAGGAUGCUGAGAGGACGGAGGAGAGCCGGUUAGGCCUGGCCAACCUGAACACCAACAACAGCAACCGGCUGGCUGCCAAACGCAGCUGCCCUGCAGCUUUUGACGACAGUGGUAGCACAGGAAACCCUUUAAAAGUGAAGCCCUCCUAUCAGUCCUGUAAAGACUGCCUGCGUCUACCACAAGUGCGGCGCUGUGACCGUCCAGCAGGGGGCCGUUCCCACCGCCUUAACCCCUCCCGCCACUGCAAUAUCCCCACCAUAUGCAUAGAUCCACCCGGGACAAACUUUGCCUCCACCCCAAUUCUGCAGUCUCUGCAAGCCCCUGCUGUCGUCCCAUCCACCCUGAUCCAGCCCUGUAGUCAUCUGUACCGCUGUUCCACCUGCACCCCCGGUGUCCCACUGACCAACCGCCAGAAACUGGCCUCACCCAUGAGCUGUGAGGAGACGCUUCCGGACCGCGGCUCGGUGGACACCGAGGACAUGGACGAACCACAGGGGGACGACAUGGGAGAAGAAAUAUCGAGGGAUGGCACGGGGCCGAUCAGAGGGGCUCCCGCUGAAGGUUUAGAAUUACAACCUGGUGGUGCAGUGGAGCUCCAGCGGCAGGCUCUGGCCCAGCUGCAUAUGCCAGGACUGGGAAUAGAAUUUGGUCUGGAACUGAUGCGACAGAGGGCAGAGCAGCUUGAGAAGCUGCCAAACUUGGCCAUGGAGGGCCAGCUCCCAGUGGGGCCCCUGCCUUAA